AUGGCGGGCGCUGGGCCGGGGGGCUACGCGGCAGAGUUCGUGCCGCCCCCGGAGUGCCCAGUCUUCGAGCCUAGCUGGGAGGAGUUCACCGACCCGCUCAGCUUUAUUGGACGGAUCCGGCCCUUGGCCGAGAAAACCGGCAUUUGCAAGAUCCGACCUCCCAAGGACUGGCAGCCUCCAUUUGCAUGUGAAGUAAAAAGCUUUCGUUUCACUCCUCGAGUCCAGCGUUUAAAUGAACUUGAAGCAAUGACCAGAGUGAGACUGGACUUCUUAGAUCAACUAGCAAAAUUCUGGGAACUUCAGGGAUCUACUUUGAAAAUACCUGUGGUGGAGAGAAAAAUCCUUGAUCUGUAUGCUUUAAGCAAGAUUGUUGCCAGCAAAGGAGGCUUUGAAAUGGUCACAAAAGAGAAGAAGUGGUCUAAAGUGGGAAGUCGAUUAGGCUAUCUGCCUGGGAAAGGAACUGGGUCCCUGUUGAAGUCUCACUAUGAAAGGAUCCUUUACCCAUAUGAGCUUUUUCAGUCUGGAGUCAGCCUCAUGGGUGUCCAAAUGCCCAACUUGGAUAUUAAGGAAAAAGUGGAGGUUGAGGUCCUCAGCACUGAUGCCCAGGCUUCCCCAGAGCAGGGCACAAGAAUGAAUAUUCUACCGAAGAGAACCAGACGCAUAAAAUCUCAGGCAGAGACUGGAGAAGUAAGUAGAAACACCGAACUGAAGAAACUUCAGAUCUUUGGAGCUGGGCCCAAGAUGAUGGGCCUGGCAAUAGGAGCAAAGGAUAAAGAAGAUGAGGUCUCUCGAAGACGCAAAGGUACAAGAUCAGAAGCAUUUAGUAUGCAAAUGAGACAACGAAAAGGGACUCUUUCUGUUAACUUUGUGGAUCUCUAUGUUUGCAUGUUUUGUGGGCGAGGAAACAAUGAAGACAAGUUGCUCUUGUGUGAUGGAUGUGAUGACAGCUACCAUACAUUUUGUUUGAUUCCCCCUUUACCUGAUGUGCCCAAAGGAGACUGGAGGUGUCCUAAAUGUGUUGCUGAGGAAUGUAACAAACCUCGAGAGGCCUUUGGGUUUGAGCAAGCAGUCCGAGAAUAUACCCUUCAGAGCUUUGGAGAGAUGGCAGAUAACUUUAAAUCAGAUUACUUCAACAUGCCAGUCCAUAUGGUGCCCACAGAACUGGUAGAGAAGGAAUUCUGGAGACUGGUGAGCACUAUUGAAGAAGAUGUCAUUGUGGAGUAUGGAGCUGAUAUCUCUUCGAAGGAUUUUGGAAGUGGGUUUCCUGUAAAGGAUGGUCGGAGAAAGAUGAUGCCAGAAGAGGAGGAGUAUGCCCUUUCUGGCUGGAACCUGAAUAACAUGCCUGUCCUGGAGCAGUCUGUCCUUGCACAUAUCAACGUGGAUAUCUCUGGUAUGAAGGUGCCUUGGCUCUAUGUGGGCAUGUGCUUCUCUUCAUUUUGCUGGCAUAUUGAGGAUCACUGGAGCUAUUCUAUCAACUAUCUGCACUGGGGGGAGCCAAAGACAUGGUAUGGCGUCCCAUCUCAUGCGGCAGAACAACUGGAGGAAGUGAUGAGGGAGCUGGCCCCUGAACUGUUUGAGUCUCAACCUGAUCUCCUCCAUCAGUUAGUCACCAUUAUGAACCCCAAUGUAUUGAUGGAGCAUGGUGUACCUGUAUUCAGGACCAAUCAAUGUGCAGGAGAAUUUGUCGUGACAUUUCCUCGUGCCUAUCACUCUGGAUUUAACCAGGGCUACAAUUUCGCUGAAGCUGUGAACUUCUGCACUGCUGACUGGCUGCCUAUUGGACGUCAGUGUGUGAAUCAUUAUCGACGACUAAGGCGUCACUGUGUGUUCUCACAUGAGGAACUUAUCUUCAAGAUGGCUGCAGAUCCAGAGUGCCUUGAUGUAGGGCUUGCUGCUAUGGUCUGCAAAGAAAUGACCCUUAUGACUGAAGAGGAGACUCGGCUGAGGGAAUCUGUUGUACAAAUGGGUGUACUAUUAUCGGAAGAAGAGGUGUUUGAGCUUGUUCCUGAUGAUGAGCGACAGUGUUCAGCUUGCAGAACUACAUGCUUUCUCUCUGCUCUUACUUGUUCUUGUAACCCUGAUCGGCUUGUGUGUCUCUACCAUCCAGCUGACUUGUGCCCUUGCCCCAUGCAGAAGAAAUGUCUUAGGUACCGGUAUCCAUUGGAAGAUCUUCCUUCUCUCUUAUAUGGUGUUAAAGUUAGAGCACAGUCCUAUGACACUUGGGUCAGUCGAGUAACAGAGGCAUUAUCUGCCAGUCUCAACCACAAGAAAGAUGUGAUCGAAUUGAGAGUGAUGAUGGAAGAUGCUGAAGACAGGAAGUAUCCAGAGAAUGAUCUCUUUAGAAAACUCAGGGAUGCUGUGAAGGAAGCCGAAACCUGUGCUUCAGUGGCUCAGUUACUUUUGAGCAAAAAACAGAAACACAGACAGAGCCCGGAAAGUGGGAAGACUAGGACCAAAUUGACUAUGGAAGAACUCAAGGCCUUUGUCCAGCAACUCUUUAGCCUUCCAUGUGUCAUCAGCCAGGCUCGACAAGUCAAGAAUCUACUGGAUGAUGUGGAAGAAUUUCAUGAACGUGCUCAAGAGGCUAUGAUGGAUGAAACCCCAGACUCUUCCAAACUUCAGAUGUUGAUAGACAUGGGUUCUAGUCUCUAUGUAGAAUUACCUGAGCUGCCCCGGCUGAAGCAAGAGUUGCAACAGGCCCGGUGGCUGGAUGAAGUGAGGUUGACACUUUCAGAUCCACAGCGUGUCACUUUGGAUGUUAUGAAAAAGCUAAUAGACUCUGGGGUGGGGUUGGCACCUCACCAUGCUGUGGAGAAAGCUAUGGCUGAACUUCAGGAACUCCUUACAGUUUCAGAGAGAUGGGAAGAAAAGGCUAAAGUUUGCUUACAGGCUCGACCUCGUCACAGCAUGUCAAGCCUGGAGAGUAUUGUAAAUGAAGCUAAGAAUAUCCCAGCCUUCCUCCCCAAUGUUUUAGCCCUGAGAGAAGCCUUGCAAAGAGCUAGAGAAUGGACAGCUAAAGUGGAAGCUAUUCAGAAUGGCAGCAACUAUGCUUACCUUGAGCAGCUGGAAAGCUUGUCUGCCAAAGGACGUCCUAUCCCAGUACGACUUGAUGCACUGCCCCAAGUGGAGUCACAGGUAGCAGCAGCACGAGCAUGGAGGGAACGGACAGGAAGAACCUUUCUUAAGAAGAAUUCCAGCCACACACUGUUACAGGUACUAAGUCCUCGGACUGAUAUUGGUGUAUAUGGCAGCAGUAAGAACCGAAGGAAAAAAGUUAAAGAACUAAUGGAGAAAGAGAAAGAAAAAGACCUUGACCUUGAUCCCUUGAGUGAUCUGGAGGAGGGAUUAGAAGAAACCAGAGAUACAGCAGUGGUGGUGGCAGUUUUCAAAGAUCGGGAGCAGAAAGAAAUUGAAGCCAUGCAUUCUCUCAGAGCAGCAAACUUAGCCAAGAUCACCAUGGUGGAUCGAAUUGAGGAUGUGAAGUUCUGCAUCUGCCGCAAGACAGCAAGUGGGUUUAUGCUUCAGUGUGAGCUCUGCAAAGACUGGUUCCAUAGCAGCUGUGUGCCCCUUCCCAAAACAAGCUCCCAGAAAAAGGGAUCCAGCUGGCAGGCCAAAGAAGUAAAAUUCUUGUGCCCUCUUUGUAUGCGCUCUCGAAGGCCCCGACUAGAGACCAUCCUGUCUCUUCUAGUGUCCCUGCAGAAGUUGCCUGUACGACUGCCUGAAGGAGAGGCCCUUCAAUGCCUGACAGAACGUGCCAUGAGUUGGCAAGACAGAGCAAGGCAGGCACUGGCCACAGAUGAACUCUCUUCUGCUCUAGCCAAACUUUCUGUGUUAAGCCAGCGUAUGGUAGAGCAGGCAGCCCGAGAGAAAACUGAAAAGAUCAUCAGUGCAGAACUCCAGAAAGCAGCAGCCAAUCCAGACUUACAGGGACACCUUCCUGGCUUCCAGCAGUCUGCUUUUAAUCGAGUGGUAAGCAGUGUGUCAUCCUCUCCUCGGCAAACCAUGGACUACGAUGAUGAGGAGACGGAUUCUGAUGAAGAUAUUCGAGAGACAUAUGGCUAUGAUAUAAAGGACACUGCCAGUGUAAAGUCUUCUAGUAGCCUAGAACCCAAUCUCUUUUGUGAUGAAGAAAUCCCCAUCAAAUCUGAGGAGGUGGUGACCCAUAUGUGGACAGCACCAUCAUUCUGUGCUGAGCAUGCAUAUUCAUCUGCUUCAAAAAGUUGCUCUCAAGGUUCUAGUACCCCAAGAAAACAACCCAGAAAGAGUCCUUUGGUACCACGAAGUUUGGAGUCUCCAGUGUUAGAGUUAUCAGCUGGUGCUAAAGCCCAAUUAGAGGAACUUAUGAUGGUUGGUGAUCUCCUAGAGGUAUCCUUGGAUGAGACUCAGCAUAUCUGGAGGAUUUUACAGGCCACACAUCCACCCUCUGAGGACAGAUUCCUACAUGUCAUGGAGGAUGACAGUAUGGAAGAGAAACCACUGAGAAUAAAAGGAAAGGACUCUUCUGAGAAGAAGCGAAAGCGGAAGCUAGAAAAAGUUGAACAGCUCUUUGGAGAAGGGAAGCAGAGGUCCAAGGAACUGAAGAAACUGGACAAACCAAAAAAGAAGAAAUUGAAGAUGAAUGUAGAUAAGUCAAAGGAGCUGAACAAAUUGGCCAAGAAACUGGCAAAGGAAGAGGAAAGAAAGAAGAAGAGGGAGAAGGCCGCUGCAGCCAAGGUUGAACUUGUAAAGGAAAAUACUGAGAAGAAGAGGGAGAAGAAGGUGCUAGACAUCCCCUCAAAGUAUGAUUGGUCAGGAGCGGAGGAGUCAGAUGAUGAGAAUGCAGUUUGUGCAGCACAGAAUUGUCAGAGGCCUUGUAAGGACAAGGUAGACUGGGUACAGUGUGAUGGUGGCUGCGAUGAGUGGUUUCAUCAAGUCUGUGUGGGUGUUUCUCCAGAAAUGGCAGAAAAUGAAGAUUACAUCUGUAUAAACUGUGCAAAGAAGCAGGGGCCAAGUAGCCCAGGACAGGCACAACCUCCUUCUUUCAUAAUGAGCUACAAGCUACCAGUGGAGGAACUGAAGGAGGCCAGCUAGCAGAAGCUUGGUUAGUUUAGAAACAUGAGGGAAAUGGACCACACUGAGACCCUUUUCAUCAAGGGAGGGUGGUUUGGAUCUACUCAGAGUUGUUGCUUCCAAAGAUGAAUGGCCUACAGCAGAGAAAGCCCUCUUCGCUUUUUCUAUGCAGUGGGACUGUGUGAGCCACAUACUGUACCAGCCCAUCUAUGCAGAGAUGUCUUCUUUGGUAUUCCAGCCAUUAUCUUAACUGAAGUGUUUCUCAUGAGUGUGGUGUCCUGCAUUGUGUUCAGAGACUUGAUUGAGCAGUAGAGUGGCUAAUACAGCUGGGGUGUGGAGUUGGCUUGGGGCCUAUAGGUAUUAGCUAGAGUUUCACAAUCUAAAGGCAGCACUAUUUGUAGGCAUGUGUGGAACCAGAGUGCCUUAGGCCUGCCUGAAUGUGACAGCAAGAUAGCAGUCAGAAUACCUUAGUCCCCUUCCACUGUUUCUAAGUAUUUAUAUUCUACAGCUAUUGAAGGGAGGGCAAAUCUGCAGAUUGUUAGAAGUCAGAUGGAAAAGCAGCAUAUUGCAAACAUCAGUUCCUAGUGCUUGUUUGUACCAAAAAAAGAAAACCUGGAGCUUCCCUUCAGCUGGGGCAGAUCCCCCCCGAAUGUGGAGAAUGCCAUCUCAAUUCAGAUGUUUGGUUAGGCUGGAGCUUGGAAAGAAGAGCAUUUCUUAUUUCCUCCAAGAGCAACAGCUUCUCUUAUAGAGACUGGCUUUGAGGAUUCUCAGUACCCUGGGCCUACAUGUUGGAGAGGAACAACUACAUGGACCCAGGAUUCUACACAAAGAAAAAGAAAAAGGGCCAGAUGGGUUGUCUUGCAGAGCCACAAUGGUGCAUGCUUUGGGCAUAACAUCCUUUUACAAGUAUUCCUGUUACCACCAGGCUUUAGGGCAUGAUCAUAAGCAAGACCACCAUGUAACUGCUCACCUUGUAGUCCUGACCCAUAAUCUACUGUUCCAAACACUGGCUAUUUCAGAUUCUGGCCCAGAAGCAGCAACACAUGAUGCUGAGUCAUGCCCUGGCUUCGACAGAAGAUGUAGGAUUAUGGUACCUCUAGGUGAUGAGGUCAUUUUAGUCAAUCCAUUUUUAAAGAAAAGAACUUGUUUUUACUUUUUUCUAAAUGUCUCUGACUACUGACUGUUCUAUAAAUAGAUUAUUUUUCCUUUUUUUAAUAUACAUAUAUAAAUAUAUAUUUACCACUAUUACCAGCAGCAUACAUACAGACAGUUUUCCACCAUCAAAAACCCAUUUGGGGGCUUGUUUUUUGUUUUUGUUUUUUGCUUCUUAAAAAGGACUUUCAUUCCUUCCUUGUAGUACAAGGAGUUAGCAGUCACCUUUUCCCAAACUAGACUAACUAGACCUUCCAUCAUCUUGCCUGUGUUCAAAUAGGUAAUUACAUUUUCUUCAUGUGUUGGGAUUUGUCCCUGUCUUUGGGGAAGUGCUGGUCUCACUUUAGUCUAUGCUGUUUUGUAUGUGAAUGUCUGAAGCUGGCCAGGGUGCUGUAUUUUCUCCCCUCCCACUAUGUUUUCAUUUCUUGUACAGAUGAUAGGCGAGUUGUAGAGCAGAGUCUACUUAGAAAAUGAGCUGAGAUUUAACAAAACAA